AUGUCGCGCGAGUUUAUGUUUGAGAAUGAGUUUGCCAUUUGUUGGAAGACGACGGUGCUUCCGAACGUACCGUUGAAGAUGCAUCGACACGAUCGGGCGCGAACGAUCGUCGCGCUUCAGGGCGGCGUGCUUAAACGCAUCGAUGAAGAUGGCUCGCGCAAGGAUUUGGUGUUUGAGACUGGAAAGGCGUACUGGUACGACGCCGACCCGCCGGAUAAUUUGCACGCCGACGCGAAUGAAGGCGCAGAGCCCGUCGUGGUCGUCGUAACGGAGUUUAAAACGGAAGAGGAUAGAAAUGGAACGAGAGAUGCGCGCGCUGAAUGCGGGUGCGGUGUCGCGGGGGGCGCGUGCGACUGCCGGUCAAAAAUUGGUCCACCGUUCGUAAUCCCGGGCUGGGAGCCGCCGACAAAAAAGAAAGAAACGAGCGCUUGA